GUUAUUUGAACUCUCGUGAAUUUCAACAAUUUUUCCCCGAACCGAAAGGGUUGUCCGUGUGUCGCCGAUUGCGUUCAUUUUCCGGGGGUUUGCGUUCUUUUCGCGAUAAUUUUCCUUUAUAAAAAAUGUUAAUUUAACUAACCAAACAAAGCCCCAAUCUAAUUUACUUUUUAAUUUCUAAUUUAUCACCACACACGCUUUCGUUUAAAAUUACACAAAUAAUGCGUUUCAAUUUGCAACUAACUUAUUGGUGUUUAGUUUCAAUAACAAUAAUCUCAAGUUGCUUUUUGUUUUUGGUUGUUGCAUCGGAGUCGAGUGCGAGAAUUGUUGCCAAUGCGAAUGCCGCUCGACAACGAGAUGCUCCUCCUGACGUUGCAACAGCAGAAGCUGCAGCUGCUACCGAUCCGACAUUUGGAGGAGAGCGAAAUGCAGACGAUUACUUUGUCGUUGAUGAUAGAAAAGAUAGAAAAGUUGCAAGUGGCGUCAAAGCCGAUUCCAAAUAUGUGCAUAAGUUCGUUAAAGUGAAAAAAGAUUUCUUAAGUGCGACGCCGCCGCAACCGCCAACACCACCGCCGCGUUACCGGGCGAAACUCGUUCAUUCCGAAUCCAUACCCAUAACCAAACCUAUACCCAGUGUGCAUGUUAAAGUGUCUUCGCCAGUCGCAGAGGGUGAUCCGCCAGCAUCUUCGUUGCCAUUUGCGUCGUUGUCGUCGUCCCAGUUCGAUGGUGAAGAAUCGAGUCACUUAGAUCAUAGUGUCGAUGCUGGUGGAGUGUUUAGUGAUGGUAUUGUUGUGCCAGUGAGUGAGGCAGCAGGCAGUUCCCAUCGGAACAGGAAUGGCGAGCUGGACAGACACGAAACAAGUACCAGCCGAGGAAGUGGCAGCAAUGAAUGGGAGACACUGAAUUCGCAGCCAAUUGGAGCAUCAUCACAUUCCGCGGCAGCGAGCUUACCAGAUAUUUCCUCCGAAAACCCAACUGUAAUACCAUUGAAUGAAAUAACAUCCACCGACCCACCCCUGAUGAGUGGUGGUGCUGUUGGCGGUGUCGGUGUCGGUGGUAGUGGCAGCGGUGGCAGCCUUGAGCAACACACCAUCGAUUCCGUAAUAAUCUCAACAUCCGAAUCGAAUGUCACCAAUCAGACUCAACAGGACGCCAACGAAACAAAAACCACUGACAGCAACCAAAAUGCAAAUGAUCAGAUAGAAAAAAUAAAUGAUUCAGGUGGAUUGAUUCCACCACAGCCACCUGAUAGUAAUGAAGUUGUUGCGGCUGAUGUGGUCAGCGUGACAGCGACUCCAGCGAUGCCUAAAGCAACUACAAAUGCCACAAUAGCCCAUGAAGUCAACCUUACUGCCGAAGAAGUACCCAUUCCGGUAUUCUCAGAAUGGGCCCAAAAGCAAAUGGAAGCCGAAGAGAAACAACAACUCGAGCAAGACGUUGUCAAUUCAUCGACCCAGAGAAAAAACCAAACAACUGGGUCGAAGCUGCAACCGGGAAAGCUGCGAACAAAAAACUACGCCUCACCCGAUUGUGGGGCGAAAAUAAUCGCAUCCAAUUCGGAUGCCCAAAACACCGGAGCUGUGUUGACUUCAUCGAAAGAUGAAUACAUGCUGAGUCCAUGUACAAACCGCAUUUGGUUCGUUGUAGAACUGUGCGAAGCAAUUCAAGCCGAGAAAAUCGAUUUGGCCAAUUUCGAGCUCUUCUCGUCGUCGCCCAAGAAUUUCACCGUCGCUGUGAGUAAUCGUUUUCCAACUCGGGACUGGUCGAAUGUGGGUCGAUUCAUUGCCGAUGACAAGCGGACGAUACAAACCUUCGAUCUGCAUCCGCAUUUGUUUGGGAAGUUUGUACGGGUGGACAUCCACUCACACUACAACUCGGAGCAUUUCUGCCCAGUUUCAUUGUUCCGUGUGUAUGGGACGUCGGAGUUUGAGGCUUUCGAGACUGAGGAUCGCGCCGAUGACAUCGACGAGUAUGACGAUGAUAUCACACCCGAACAGGCGCACCAAAAGCACGAGAAUAAUCUAUUCAAAUCUGCGAGCGAUGCUGUAUUGUCCAUUGUGAAAAAAGCCGCCGAAGUCUUGGUCAAGACUAACUCCAAUCGAACCACAAUGGAGAUCAAGAGCGAUCAGGGCUGCUUCACACCGUCUGCAGGCGAAUUCGCUUGCAACCAGUGCAAAGAUACAUCUCUAGCUGCUCGAGUCAAUUAUGUGCUCUCGUGCAAACAUGCUCAGCUGCUAGAUAUGCUUCAAGUCGAGCGCCUGAAAAGCGACAUUCACACAUCCCAGAUAUGUGCCAAAAGAUUUAGUGUUAACCUUAAUAGCCAUUUAGAUUGUAAGAGCAGCGGACUGAAUGAGAAGAGUAGUUACUUUCUGAGCUUAUUGCCGGAGGACUAUGUCGGAGCAUUGUGUAUGCUUCUGGCGGGAAGAAGGAGAAUAACUUUGAACGAUUCCAUGGACAUGGACUCAAAUGAACGAGACCAAAACGGAGAAGUAUCGAUGAAUUUAACAAUUGACAAAAGCAAUGGAGGUUCCUUUGGGAAUCUCGAUAAACUGCCAGACAUUGCCGAAGAUGUGAAGAGAAACCCAAAAGUCGAGGAUGAAUUCUCGGGCGAGUUGUCACUUCAAAUUCCACCACCACCAAUUAAAGUUGAGGAAGAAAUUACCUCGACUGAAAGAAUUUAUGAAGAUCCUUCUCUACCAUCGUCGUCGUCGUCGUCCUCAGAGACCUUAGAUAUAAAUAUAUACAAUGUAGGUGAUAUGGCAGAUGAGAAAGCUUCUUCCAUUGAAGCACCUCCAGUGGAUGUUGUUAGGAGUGAUGAACAAAGAUCAGCAGAAGAGGCCCUCAUGGACACAACCAUACCACCAAGAGCUGAAGGUGGCGAUAUGACUCUGAAACCAUCACCGUCAGAGGAUCCAUCUACAUGGGACAAUCUUGAUACGUUACUAUCUGAAGGAGUUGUACCUGGAACUGGUAAUAAUGCGGCAGGUGGUGGCAAUCAAGGUAGUCAGCAAAGAAUUCCCAGUGGACCACACUCGGAGAGUGUUUUCAUAAGACUGAAUAAUCGAAUUAAAGCACUUGAGCGCAACAUGUCGCUGUCUGGACAGUAUCUGGAAGAACUAAGUCGCCGCUACAAGAAACAAGUUGAAGAGUUGCAAUUGUCAUUGACGAAGACCGUUCGAGCAUUGGAAGACCAAAAUCGACGACACUCCGAUCAGGAACGUGAGCUAUUGGAGAGAAAUGCUUUGCUCAAGGACGAGCUGGAAGAUGUCUCGCUGAAGGUGCAUGCUUGCAUAAUCCUGAUUAUCUUCGUGGGGUCAUUUAUGAUUCUGCUGACGAUUGUGGGAGUUGUUUGCUAUCGUUCGAUGGCGAGGAAUCUUUCACCCAACUACAAACAAGCCGAGAAACGGAAGGCCACACAAAAGAAGCUGAAUCGCAGGAAGUCGUUUGAUGACUUUUCCGAUGCUUCGACAGGGAAGCAGAAAAUUCGUCGCCCAAGUGAGGAGGCGAUGUUGAUUCUCAAAGACUGUGCCGGGGAGAAUUCGGCGCCAGAGAGCGAUGUAAAAGUGAGACAGCGAAAAGUUUCGGUAUUCUAUGGCAGAAAGGCUAAUCGAAAGGGAGAAAAACGCUCAUGGCCCGAGGUUAGUCAACCAGGAGUAUUCAAUCCCGGCGUAGAAGACCUACCGCCAGCCGAACCUGUUCCGGCUGCUGUGCUCGAGGACGAGGAAUACGAUCAAUUCAAUGCAAGUGAAUCGGAUUCAGUGUGCACAUCAGAGCAACCACAGUCGUCGUCAUUGAGUGGUAAAUCCAGGAAAUUCGUUAAUCUAUUCAACGGACGGGUUGGGAAAAAGUCAAAGAAGAACAAUCCAAGCUACAAAAGGCAAGAAUCAGCUCCUUCUGAUAUUGGGUUUUCCAAAACUAACAACAACACAACAACAGACUCAUUCGAUGAAAAACUAAUUCUCGACGAAGAUGAAAUCGAGAACUUUAUUCCCGGAGCCGAUCUGGCUUACAACGAAUUCAUGCCAGACGGACCAUCAGGCUAUCAGAUUAAUGAUGGUGCGGCAAGUUCAGAGGAUAAACGAAAAAAUAACAACAAUAACAAGAAAACCCGAAGACUUUCAUCGCCAGCAUUCUUCAAAUCACCAUUCAGCAAAAGUAGUAAAAAAUCAACACCCCACGAAUCGACUAGCUGGGAGUGGUAUCGAUCCAAAAAGUCAUCAUCAACAACAUCUAGUCAGAAUAUUGGUAGUAAUGGUGGUAGCGGUGUUGUUCUUAAGUCAACAAAAAUCAACGGUAUAGGAACAGCACAUAAUGGUCAACCAUCACCGGCUUCAUCUCUCUCCGAGAUUCUGCCUAACAGUGGUCAAGGAAGCAGUGAUAAUUCAUUUCGUAUUCUAGAAGAGGCUAUUAAUACAUCAACCAUAGCGACAUCGACGUCAAGCAGCAAUGGUAAUAGUGGUGGCGGAAGCCAUAGUGGAAGUAGUGCUGGUAGUAAUAGAAGCUCGAAAAAAAGUCACACUUUCAAUAGAAUAUUCAAAAAGGUCUUUUGAAGUGUGUGCCUGCCUUUUUCGCUGACUGUUUUGUGUGUUGUUUAUUUAAAUUUAAUUUUAAUUUUAACUUUUUGUUUUUGUAUUGAUUGUGUAUUGUGCGAGCGCUAAUUUAAUUUAAUUAAAAAACAAAAAAUUCAUUAAUUGUUAUGUGAAUUAAAAAGAGAGAGAGACACUUAUUUUUUGGUUAACUAUUUGUAUGUUGAAAUUUUUGAUAAAAAAUAUGAGUUAUUUUUUUAUUUUGAAAAUUAUAUAAUAUUCAGAAGACUGUUUGCUAAAAUGUAAAAAAAAGCAUUUACAAUUUAAUUUUUAUUUUAGAAACAAAAUGGAUGGUUUUAGUUCUUGUCCGCUAACCAUACUAAAUUGAUUUGUGGUGGAAUAAAGAAGAAGAAGAAGCUUUUAUGUUUUAAAAGAAUUACAAAUAAGUUAAUAGUUAUUUCUUUUUUUUUUGGUAUUGCGCAAUUGAAUCAUCAAUAUAAGAACAGCUCAAUAUUCAUCUUUUGACUAUGAAGGAACCACUAAACAAAAAAUAGUGUUUCAUAGUCAAAAAAUAUAACUCCGAUGAAAUUUAAUUCCGUAGUAGGAUAAGGUUUUGAGGGACUUUUAAUUUUUGUUUGGUUGUGCGAGAUUAUCCUUAGAAAAUUCGUAUACAAAGUCAAUUCUUUAUUUUUGUCAGGAGACGAAUUUGUUUAACAAUUGCAUUAAAAAUCUUUAUGACAGUAAUGUAUCACUCUGGUAAGAUUUUGUACGCUAAAAAGACUGUUAAUAUUAGAGUAUUGAGCUUUGAGACAAAGCUUUGUGCAUCCCCAAACCAAACGCUUCUAAAAGAAUGCAAGCAUUACAGAUCGAAACAAAUUUUGCAAUAACCAAUCAUUUGACCUUAAAAAGACAAUAGAAACUUAAACUCGACUUGAGAUUCCAAAGAAUUCAAAAGAUUAAAAAAAACUUCCAGUUAAUCUAAAAACUUCAAAAGAAUAGACAGGUUCAGACAACAUAAGGGACUUCAUUUGCAGGCAACUGCAUUCUUCAAACGUUCAUUUCGACUAAGUCAACUUGUUAGUUUUUCAAGUGUCAUAAACUUCAAACUCAGAACUUUACUUCCCAAACUUCUACUACAAAACUACCAAAAACAUUAUUGUCUACAAAACAGGCCUCAGGCAAACUACAAGUCCAUCCUAAUUUGCAUAUCGUAAUGUAAAGAAAUAUUAUUUAUAUCUUUUCUAAUUUGACGAGAAACCCUUUUACAUAAAAUUAUUAAAUGACUUGUGCGAAAAAUAAAUAAAUCGUAGAGGAAUAAAGUUCAACUUUCAGUUAAUUAAAAAACAUGGUCGAUUGUCAUUCUGACAUAAGUUGACUUGACUUGAUUGUAAGGGAAAUUUUUUUUGGCAGCUGGCCGAUCAGAUGCUAUACUUGCCUUACUUUCAAGUCCCUUAAGACGCAUGAACAUGCACAAUUUUUUGGCAGCUAGCCAAUCAGAUACCAGAAACUUGCCUUACUUUCAAGUACUUUAUAUCACCUAAGCCUGCCCAAUGCAAAUACUUCAAAAGAAUGCAAAAACUUGAAAAGAACGAAAUAAUCUUUAAUUUAUUGAAAUCAAUGAAUUGACAUUUUUUCCUUCAAUUGUAAUCAUAAAAGAUUGCAUUCGAAAUUAUUGCAAUCAAUAAAAAAUUCAUGAAUUGAAUACAAAUCUUUGCGUUUUUUUGAUUUCCGUUUAUCCACCAUUAUUUUGAAGAUUGGAUUCUUUUGAACUGUUUGCAUUCACUUGAAGUCUUAGCAUUCACUUAAAGUCUUUGAUUUCACUUAAAGUGUUUGCAUUUGUUUUGAAUUCUGCAAACAAAAUUUAAUGAAAAUUCACUUGAGAAUUCAGGCUUCAAAAGAACGCAAAAACUUAAAGUUAAAGUAAAAAUUUCAAAAGAAUGCAAGUAAAACACAUCAUGAAUGCUUUUUAGAAAUUGCAGUCAAAUUAUUGGAAUCUUUUCAGAGCCAAUAAUUAGUGAUUUCAAAAUUUAAAGUGACAAUCUUUAGAUGAAUUCAAUUAAUCCAAUAUUUAUGCUGAAGACAUACGAAAUUGCAUUCUUAUACAAGCCAGGUAUGGAAGUACAACAAAGAUAGAAAGACAUGUUUCACAAGUGGCAACCCGUUCAUCCGCCCACUUUAGUUGCUCCGUGAGCUAACAUAGUCAAAAGAUGAAGUAAGAAAAGUUUUUUUUUUUAAUUGGUAGCAAACCAAAUACUUAGCUCGACAGGUCCAGAAUGCUGAUGAUUGGGUUCGCUCUCGUGAAACAUGUAUCUUUAUACUAUGUGGAGCACAAUCAAAUUACUUAAGGCACCGAUACAGUCCCGUGUGAACUAGUGAGUCCCAAAAAAAAACUACUUAACCCAUAUCGGUUCUUUAGCUAGAUAUAUCCAGUUUCGCACUCCAAGAUCGAUGGGUUCAGCGUGGUUUAGUCAUCUCAGACGUUGGACCUUUAUUUUACAGUUUAGUCUACUACUUCGUUGUAUAGUCCUUAGUUUAACACUCUAAAUUGCCUGGAUAAGAUCAAAUUUCCGUCUGAAAUGUUGAUACUUUUGUUUAAGAAAUCUCAGAGGCUUUUAAAAUACUAAUGGCAAGCAAUGUUUAUGCUAACCCGCUAAGCUAAUGCCCUCCUUCAGCUGCUGAUUGUAAUAUACAUAUCAGCACGCAGUAUUUAAUUAACCUGUUUGCAUUUUCGAAAUUUUUUGUUUAAGGAUUCUUCAUAGUCGAAUUAUAAAAAACAUCUGCAAUUGGCUUAAGUUACAACUUCGAAGAAAAAAGUCUACUACGGAGUUGGAUAUUUUUUUUUUAAAUGAGGCUGCGACAUUUACAGUUCCAGCAAGACUUGGCUACAGGUCAUACGACACGCUAAACAAAAGAUUUAUGCAAAUAUAACUUCGGGAAACACCUCAUUUCGGUUUUUCAGAUUACUCAACUUUUGUUCUGCUCUUCGGAACCUGGAAUUCAACAUUGCUGAGUAAACACCAUUCGCAACACUAAGAGAAAAAUUUAGGCGGUCGACGUUGUCGCGGGCACAAGAACAAAAAGCAUUACAUUGUUCUAUAAAAAUUAUAUACACACUCUUUUGGAGUAUACUCAGUUUAUAUAUGUAAACGGAAAAUCAACAAAAUCACAAACCGAUGAAAGUUCCAAAGUCCUGAAAAUUCCAAAUGAACUAUAUUUCAACUUGUAAAAGUCAGAAUUUCACCUUCUGAUCAAAAAAUUAACAAAUAACAUCUUUCUUAUAUCCAUCUCUUAGCUGCCUUUGAUCCACAUAAAAAAAUUAAAGUCUUAAAUUCGUUCAUGAAGCUUUUUAAUCAUAAAUGGCACUUCGAAACAUUCUGGAUUAUUUGAAAAGCCUUCCAUUUAAAAGACGUACAAUUUGAAAACAGAAUAACAAAUUCAAGUAUCGCCAAAAUCAAAAAAGUGCCAUUUUUGAUCCGAAAUUUGAAUGAAUAUAUUAAACACCUUUGUUAUCUUUUAAAAUUUUGCAGCAAUCUGAGUCCGAAAAAAAAACUGAAUAGGUAAAGAUUUGAAAGAAAAGUUUUCAUGAAUUCUAUAAAAGUCUAAUUCCCCUUUUGAUCUAUUUCUUGUGUUCAAACCCUCAAAUAUUGGGUUGAUUGGUUGAUAAACGUUAAAAAUCAAUUUUAAAAAGUGUGUAUAUUUGUUUUUCUUCGAGUGGACAUAUGUAGAUUCAAGCUAAAUUAUUAAACAGCCAUAUCACAGGCCCGUCGAAAACGAUUUGUAAUACAAAUUCAAAAAAAUGGCAUAGCACCUUUUCUAACAAAAAUAUAUACAGUUACUCUCAAAAUUGAGCGUACACCAGCAAAUAAAAACUUUUUUAAAAACAACAAAGACAAUUAAGAAAAAAUAAUAACAAUUAAAAAACUACAAAAAAUCAUAAAAUGCAUGGCACAAAAUUAAGCGUGCACUUGGAAUUCAAAGCAUACAAAAUGUUAAUUAUUGGUCAAAUUUAAAUUUUAAUAUUUUGUAGUGCCUUUUGGCAUAUUCAUAGCUUAUAGUCCCCGCGGUAUUGAUUCAACAAUUUUGUAGUAAAAGGUGGGGAUUUAUUUUCCCAAAAUUCUGUGAUCUUCGCUUUCAAUUGACAUUUUUGGUUGGGUUACAAUUCUCCAUUAUUUUUUCCCACAAAUGCUCGAUGGGAUUGGGGACCCGAAAAUGAGGUGGGGUCUUGUGCUGGUUUCUGGCAUUAUGCAGCAACCAUUCCUUCACAACAAACGAUGUCUGUUCUGGAUUGUUAUCUUGUUGGAAUUAAAAGGUAAUUGAUAAAUUCAGUUUUUCUGCAGACUGACGCUAAUUUCUUUUAAGAACGUCGAAAAAUGUUCACUUGUUUACGAUUGUGUCAAUAAAUUUAAAGUUCCCAGUCCCAUUUGCCGCCAUUGACCCCCAUAACAUAAUAUUUUCUCUCCUUUGCUUAGCAGCGGCAAGCAAAUUCUCCAUCUUGAACUCAGUAUUGGGCUUUCUCCAAACAAUUUGCUUUCCGUCAGACCCAAAUAAGUUAAUUUUGGUCUCGUCCGAGAACAAAACAUCGUUCCAGAAAAUUUGGGGUUUGUUGAGGUGCUUUUUAGCGAACUCAAGAUAUUUUCGCUUAUUAAUUUUGGAAAUAAAAGAUUUGUUUCCGAUCAAUUCUGCCGUUAAAAUCAUUCUUUUUAAGAACGCGAUAAACAGUUUCGCUUCUUUCAAUAAGUGUCGCCAUUUCGGCCCCCAAGUUUGGUACACUCGUUUUUGGUUUUACUUUGAAUUUUCUUAAAAUUACUCGUUCUUUUUUGAUUACUUGAUUUAAGAAGCCAAAAAUACAAAUUGUACGCUUAAUUUUGUGUGAUGAAAUGUUGAAAUAAUGCAGUUUUUUUAAUAUAACCUUUUGUUUAAGUAAUGAUUUGUUAUGUAUUCGUAAACAAAAUUAUAAAAAAUAGAGAUUAAAAAGAAUUUCCCAAAAAUAUUACAUCUUAGAUAGGAAAAGUAACAAAUAAGUAAUUCUCAAUUGAGUGUACGCUCAAGUUUGGGAGCAACUGUAUGUAUAUCAUAGAAUCCGGAGGUCUAGAAAAGUAGAACAUCAAUUUCUUUAAUUUCUGUGGCAAUAUUUAAGUUUUAACUUCUCUUUGUCAUCCUUAAAGAUCUACAAGUUAUCAUUUCAUCCACUUGCUCGCAAAUGCCAUUUCUUGCUCCAUGUCUCCAAAUUUUCAGGAGUCGCUCGCUUGUGCUUCGCAUUUAAAAUUUUUGUUAUUUUUCUGUUGCAUUGUUUUGCUUCUUCUUUUUUUUUUGUUCGUUUGUUUAACAUGUUUUCAAAUUCCUAACACAUUUGUUAUUGUCGCACAAUAAGAAAACAAAACUAAAAAAAUUAAAAAAUUCUUUUCUUUUUCCUUUAGAUAAACGAUAAGAAGUGUUUUUGGGCAACUGAAACGCCUCUGACAAAAAAUGUGAUUGAUAUUAUUGGAGUUUUGUUUUAUUCUUUAUACUUUUUUGGUUUUUGUUUUUAAAAAAAGAGAGAAAAACAACUCGCAUAAUACAAAACAAUUUAUAAACAAAUAAAAAAACAAAGAAGAAAAAUCAUAGCAUAAUAUUUAGAUAGAUAAGGCUUAGAAAAAAGAUACAAACAAAAAGUAAAAACUGAAUGUUAAUUAAUGUUAGUUAAACUACAGAAAAAAAAAGAAAAACAAAUUGUGAAACAAAUAAAACAACAAAAGAAAAUUAUGUAUUUUUGUUUGUUCUUUUUCAUUCUAUAUAUGUAUUUAUAUAUAUAAAUGAAACAAUUUUAGAAAGACAUACAAAUAAAUAUAUGAAUAUAUUUUGUAGUUUAUUAUUCUUUGUUGUAAUAUCAUUUAUAUUUUUAAUUAACUAUAUUUUGUUUUUUUUUUCUUUGCAGUUUAUGUAUAAAAUUUAUUUAUUGUAUUUAAAUUUAAGUUAAUUUUUAAUAUAAAGAUAAAUACGUUAUUAGCAAUUUAUUUUUUCUUUUGUAUGUGUAGGUUUUAAUUAAUUUUGUUUUUUUUUUUUAUAUAAGAAUAUAUAUAAAUAUAAGUAAAAUUGUAUAAGCUAUAAAUGUAUACCCGCGGAAGCAAGUAUUAGGCGUACAUAAUAUAUAUAUAAUUAUAUAAUUGUUUUUAUUUUUAUUUCUUUUUGUGGAAAAUAAAAAUUUAUAAAACUUUGUUUUUAAGACUUUAAAAAUUGUA